UCAGGAUUCCCCACCCACCGCCGCUUUCUCUUCAACCGGACCUCUCGCCAUGGCGUCGCGGAUCCUCGCCCGAUCCAAGGCCCUGCCCCUCGCCGCCGCCCUAACCCGCGCUGCCGCCGAUGCCGCGCCGCCUCUGGCCGGGACCCGCGCGCUCUCGUCCCUGCCCCGCUACCCGGGUGCCCCGUCACCCCAUGGGCUCGGCAAGGUUCUGGGAUAUGAACCAAGAUCUCACCUCAGUGGAGCACAAGUUUUACCUCGUUGGUUUUCCUCUGUAGCAUCCAAUGGAUCUCCCAUGCAGAAGUCACAGAUUUCAGAGACAAACAAGUCAGGUGCUGAAUUGAAACAGUCUGAUGCGCAGAAAUCAAGCGAGGGAGUUGCACCAAAGGUUAUGGCCUUCAGCCCGCUAGAAGCAGCUAUCGCUAAACCUAGAAGCAGUCCCUUGACAAGUGAGAGCUCUAAAGUGAGGCGAUCGGAGAUAGCAACCGAAGUCACAUUUUACAUGAUCCCAGCUAUGCUUCUUGUCUCCAGAAACAGCAUAAGCACCUCUCUCCUGGUUGGCGCGGUGUUCCAUCAAGUGUACAUGUUCCACAAGGAGAUCCUUCUGGACUACGUGCACCAUGAUAUCACCAGGAAGUGGUCUUUGAUAUACUUCAAGCUGCUUCUGCUGGUGAUGGCGAAGGACACCAUCAUGUACUUCAAUUUGUUCCCUUUUUUCUAAGCUCGGCCUUUUAGUUUCUCGAUGGACCCGCAAUGCACUCAGCUGCAGUCACCGAAGGGAAAAAUGGUGAUGGACAAAUUCUGGAGCACUUGUUCUUCCCUCCUUGAACUUGCUUGUCAAGCGGUGGUUCUUGUAUACUCCUCCAUGAACUUGCUUCGUCUCCACAUCUGUUUUGCUGCUGCGACUUGAUCUCCUGUUAAGUUUAUUGGAUCGAAAGGGGUUGAUUAGUGACCAAUCAGAUGAUAUCCCUGAUCAGACAACAAGGCCAGUGUGCCUUUGCUUGUAAUAAUGGUAAAUAUCAUUUGCUAGCCUGUUCAAGUUGCAACGGUUUUGUGCCCCAUGCUUAUUGUGGUACUAAGUAUGCCCGCUCAGCUACUGCCUCAUUUGCUUGUUGAAUUGCAUUCAUUGCGUGAAAACAAUAUAUUUCAUUUUUCAA